AUGGUGCUGGCUGCAGAGAGUGAGAUGAAAGGUGGAUUGCAGUCUUCUCGCCUGGGCCCUGCAUGCCCUCCAGCCUUGGGCCUACGGGCCGUGGUGGUGGUUGUAGCCGCGCAGAGCCCGGCCGCCCAGGCAUCCAAAGUACUGGGCAGUCCUGCCGGCCCGCGGCCGGGCCCUGCGGGUCAUGGUGCCGGGCCAGCACGGCGCAGCACGGAGGAGGUGUUCGCUGGCUGCGGGUGCGGAGCUGGGAGGGCGCCCCAGGCGCGAGAGCAACCGCGCCUCACGCACCUGAGCCCGGAAAAGAAGGUGCUGCGGGGAAACUGA